UAUUGACUAAGCAUCGUCAGUCCUUCUUGAUUUUGCUAAUGUUUGGUAUUGUACCAUGCAGGUUGGACAGGAGAAGGCAGCGGAAGAUAAAGGACUGGGACAAGCAUCAUGCUUCGUAUGUUACCCGCUUCCAGCUUUGCGUGGAGCAAGCUCGUAGCAGUGCACGCUCCCAGCUUCGUGAGCAUAACCCACUUGCUUUUGAUAACUACAUACGAUGGCUUCUUGAAAAUACUCGAGUUGAGGUAUGCCCGCCGGCAUAUAAUGAGGAUAUUCUUGAAGAACCCGUGAACUUUGAGGAUCUAUCAAAGGGGAAGUACAACAGAGAUGUCAGGGUAGGGCAAGGAGUCCCUGUUGUUCCGGUGAUUAACUAUGUGCGCACCGAGAUCAAGAAAGCAGCUGAUGAGAGCCAGUCUAUUCUGGAGAACACACCGGUUGGAAAAGGCAAUGAUGAUGGUUCACUACGAGCAUUCCUCAAGGUACAUAUCGCAUUCACUAUGAGAGCCAGUCUAUGUUGCGAAGUUUGAUAUCUUCCACACUUGUUCAUGUUACAGCGUCAGGCCAGGAAGUUAUGGCGGUUAUCGAAUCUUCUCGGUUGCCGUGAUCCCGAAUUUGAUGAACCAUCUGCCUCCAGGUCUGGUACACCAUCAGACCCCUCAUCUCACCAUCAGGGGAUGAUGUGAGUUCCUCAUAUGCUUAUCUGGAUGAUGAGGGUGCGGUC